AUGUCUUCAUUGACGGAGUUGUUGGCCAAGGGUCUCUCACACGCCGGCCGUCGCUACGUGGCCGUGCGGGGAGCGAACACUGCCAAUGGGAACUUCGGUACAGUCUUCAAGUGCACCGUUGAGAAGAACGGGGUCGUACUCCCGGGAUAUGUCGCCGUUAAAGUCACUGCGUGGGGAUCAGGGAUCUUGGACCGCAAGACCGUUCUGGCCGAGAAGACGGCUCUCGAGACGAUUGGGCCUCACCCUGGUAUCGUUCCCCUCGAGGACAGUUGGACCGACGAGAAGCGCUGCGAACUCUAUUUGGUCAUGAACUUCUACGAACACGGCACUCUUCUCGACUACUCCAAGACGUAUCAUGUUGACGACGCGAUGCUAUCGUCCAUUCAUCGGCAGUGUCUGGACAUCAUCGAGCACAUCCACGGCCAGGGAUUCGUCUUUCUCGAUGUCAAACCCGAGAACAUGCUGCUGGAAAGCAUUAAUCCGCCGAAAUUGAUCCUAGUAGAUUUCGGCAGUGCGCGUCCCGUCGACCAGCUACGCUCUGGCAAGAUCCCGGCGACCGACUUCUACGCCGCCCCUGAGCUGCGCAAUCCGGCUCUCAGGUCAGACGCCGACGCGAAUUGCGACUACUACGCGUGGUUCAUGAGCUUAUAUUACAUGAUGGUGCUUCAGGAUCCCUCGAACGACGGCAAGUAUUGUUGGGAAGUCAUGGACCCGGUCCGCCACCCUCACAAGCGGGAUUUGGUCUUCGAGCUCAUUCAGGGCCACACCACAGAUUCAUUCCGUGGAUUCCUUGUGUCGAUGAUCCUCUGUGACCCUGGUAGCCGGAAGUGGCAUAUGACCGCGCACCCUGGUCCGUGGGUAAAGGAGCAUCUCCCUCAGCCUGUUAUCCCGGCGGUUCCUGCGACUCUCUCUGUCGUGCAGCAUGAGCAUCCUACGGAAGCCGUCUGGCCUGCACCGGAGAGCUUCCAGCUUUUCGGCCCUGCGAAGGCGGCGACGGCGACGGCUGGGCCCUCCAACUCGACAUCUGUGCGGGGCCCGUCUGUCAAACGCGCGAGCGUCGACAAGUGCCUGGAGAAGCAGAAGGCUGGCAAGAGCUCGGGCGUGGGCUCGACGGCAGGCAAGCGGGCGUCCUGUGCUCGCAAGAAGGCCGUCAAGGGCCGCGCAGCGACUCCGGGAUCGGAGCCAGAGGGUGGUCCGGCUCAGGCAGUUCUGAAGCUUAGGGCCGGUCGUGUCCGUAAGUGUUACAAGUAUUAG